AUUGACAGCACAGUGUGUUUAGCUGCUGGAGACUCAGACUCGUGUUGGUUUCGUUCAAUGGAAACGAGCUCCACUCUCACUUUGCUCUGCGUUACUCACAUGCUCGCCACCGGAGGAGGCUGCAGCUGCUGCUGGAGGCUCCUCCUGUCUUUGUUCGCUAACCGGGGCCACGGACACUGCUGGACCUCAGAGCCGGAGCCGGGGACUAACUUUCACCCAGCUAGCUAGCGAGGAGGAGGAGGAGGAGAAGGAGAAGGAGGAGGAGGAGGGUUAGCUUAGCCAGCUAACUAGCUCGGCUCUGCAGACACCAAGCGGCGGCUGUGUGUCUCCCUUCAGCUGCGGCGGCGACUCAACCAGGAAGAGCUUCUCCUUCUCACCGGGGGGGAGGACAAGAUCACCAUGCACGGAGGACGCCCCCUCUUCUAACCCGCCGGAGAUGAGCACCGGGGAGAUGAUGGUGACAGCACCGUGUGUAUUGCGAGGCAAGAGGCCGAGCAGGAAAUCUGCGUGAGGCUUCGAACACAAGGCUCGUGCUACCCAGCAGCAGCGUGUGUGUGUGUGUGUGUGUGUGUGUGUGCGUGUGUGUGAGAUCGAAGUGCCCAUGGCGGAGUUUGGGGAGGACGGCAGGCUUCCUCCAUUGCAUCUCGGGGAUUCGGCCGUGCCCAGCGACGAGGCAGCAGCAGCAGCUGCCGGGAAGACGCAUUGCGAAGUGUCCAUGCUGAAUGGAGACUGUGGGAUAUCGGACAAUAUGGUCGGUUCACCUGGUGCCAGCCAAGCCGGGGUGGACGCAGCCAACACCUCCGUGGGACUGGUGGAUGCCAAACAUGAAAUACCACGCAGGAGCAGCAUUAUCAAGGACGGCUCGAGACAGCGCAAAGAAAGAAAGAAGACUGUAUCAUUCAGCAGCAUGCCUACCGAGAAGAAAAUAAGCAGUGCAAGUGACUGCAUCAAUGCUAUGGUGGAUGGCUCUGAGCUGAAGAAAGUGCGAUCCAAUUCACGCAUUUACCACCGCUACUUUCUCCUCGAUGCCGACAUGCAGUCUUUGAGAUGGGAGCCCUCAAAGAAGGAAUCAGAAAAGGCCAAAAUUGAUGUGAAAUCCAUCAAGGAGGUUCGGACAGGGAAAAAUACAGACACUUUUAGAACUAAUGGAACCUAUGAUCAGAUAUCAGAGGACUGUGCUUUCUCAGUCAUCUUUGGGGAGAACUACGAGUCCCUGGACUUGGUGGCAAACACAGCAGAUGUAGCCAACAUAUGGGUAACAGGACUGAGGUACCUCAUCUCCUAUGGGAAACACACGCUAAAUAUGAUAGAGAGCAGUCAGAACAACAUGCGCUCGUCGUGGUUAGGGGAACUUUUUGAUGAGGCUGACCGUAACAACAGCAAACAAAUCACAAUAUGUACCGCUGUGCAGCUCGUCAAAAAGCUGAACCCAGGACUUAAAAAUGUCAAAAUAGAACUGAAGUUUAAGGAACUUCAGAAAGCUAAAGACAAACCAGGCUCUGAUGUGACAAAAGACGAGUUCAUCGAGGUCUUUCAUGAUCUUUGCACCAGACCAGAAAUUUAUUUUCUCUUUGUUCAGUUCUCCAGCAACAAAGAAUUUCUGGAUACCAAGGACUUGAUGAUAUUUCUAGAGGCAGAGCAGGGUAUGGCUCAAGUAAGUGAAGACAUCAGCUUGGAGGUGAUUCAGAAAUAUGAACCAUCUAAAGAGGGUCAGCUCAAGGGCUGGCUCUCUCUCGAUGGCUUCACCAACUAUGUUAUGUCGCCAGAGUGCCAUAUAUUCGACCCGGAACAGAAAACUGUGUGCCAGGACAUGAACCAGCCCCUGUCCCACUAUUACAUCAAUGCAUCCCACAACACAUACCUGAUAGAAGAUCAGUUCAGAGGUCCCUCAGAUGUGACGGGGUACAUCCGCGCUCUAAAGAUGGGCUGCCGCAGCGUAGAGCUGGACGUAUGGGAUGGGCCUGAUAAUGAGCCCGUUAUUUACACCGGCCACACAAUGACGUCGCAGAUAGUUUUUCGCAGCGUCAUUGACGUCAUCAACAAGUAUGCCUUCGUUGCAUCUGAGUUUCCACUGAUGUUGUGUUUAGAAAACCACUGCUCCUUAAAGCAACAGAGAGUCAUGUUUCAGCACCUGAAGAAGAUCCUGGGAGACAAGAUCAUAUUGGAUCCUCCAAAACCCGAGGACUGUUACCUCCCUUCUCCCUCUGAACUGAAGGGAAAGAUCCUGCUGAAGGGGAAGAAACUGAGUACGAACUGCACUGCUUCAGAAGGUGAGGUGACGGAUGAGGACGAGGGGGCGGAGAUGUCUCAAAGGAUGAGCAUUGAGUCUGCGGAACAACAGACGAUCGCACCCAAGAAAUUCCAGCUGUCUAAGGACCUCUCUGACCUGGUGACCUUGUGUAAGUCUGUGGAGUUCAGAGACUUCCCGACGUCCUUCCAGAGUCAGAAGCACUGGGAGCUCUGCUCUUUCAAUGAGGUCUUUGCUAGUCGCCAUGCAAGUGACUUCCCUGGUGACUUUGUCAACUAUAACAAGAAGUUCCUGGCACGGGUGUACCCCAGCCCCAUGCGGAUCGACUCCAGCAACAUGAAUCCACAAGAUUUCUGGAAGUGUGGUUGCCAGAUUGUGGCAAUGAACUACCAGACUCCGGGCCUGAUGAUGGAUUUAAACAUUGGCUGGUUCCGUCAGAAUGGGAACUGCGGCUACGUGCUGCGUCCAGCGAUCAUGAGGGAGCAGGUGUCAUAUUUUAGUGCCAACACUAAAGAUUCUGUACCUGGUGUUUCUCCACAGCUCUUGCACAUCAAGAUCAUCAGUGGACAAAACUUCCCUAAACCCAAAGGCUCCGGUGCCAAAGGAGACGUAGUAGACCCCUACGUUUAUGUGGAAAUACAUGGCAUCCCUGCUGACUGUGCUGAGCAAAGGACUAAAACAGUCAACCAGAAUGGGGACAACCCUCUGUUCGACGAGAGCUUUGAGUUUCAGAUAAACCUCCCAGAGCUGGCAAUGGUGCGCUUCGUGGUGCUAGAUGACGACUACAUCGGGGAUGAAUUCAUCGGCCAAUAUACAAUACCUUUUGAGUGUCUCCAGCCAGGUUUCCGCCAUAUACCGCUACAGUCUCUGACGGGGGAAGUUCUGCCACACACCUUGUUGUUUGUUCAUGUGGCCAUAACUAAUCGAAGAGGAGGCGGUAAACCACACAAAAGGGGACUGUCUGUACGAAAGGGCAAGAGGAGUAGAGAGUAUGCCAGCAUGAGAGUGCUAUUGAUCAAGGCUGUGGAUGAUGUCUUCAAAACAGCCAUUCUGCCACUUAGGGAGGCAACAGACCUCAGAGAAAACAUGCAGAAUGCCAUAGUGUCCUUUAAAGAGCUGUGUGGCCUUUCAGCUGUGGCUAACCUGAAGCAGUGCAUUCUGGCCUUGUCCCCUCGAUUGGCUGGACCCGACAUCAAUCCCCUUCUGCUGUUCAACCUCACUGACCAGUACCCUGAAUUGGAACCCCAAGGCCUGUUGCCAGAGGUCCUUAAGAAAGUCGUCACCACCUAUGACAUGGUGAUCCAAACCAGCCGGGCUCUCCUGGAGACCUCUGAGGGGGUAUAUGACAGAAUUCUACAAACGCAAAAAGCAGCGAUGGAAUUUCACGAGAACCUCCACAACUUGGCCACGAAGGAGGGGUUGAAGGGCAGGAAGUUGCACAAGGCGGUGGAGAGCUUCACGUGGAACAUCACCAUCCUGAAGGGCCAGGCAGACUUACUGAAGCAUGCCAAGGGUGAAGUCCAGGAGAACCUCAAGCAGAUCCACUAUGCUGUGCUCACCUGUAACCUGAGUAAAGGCAAAGCAGCGGGCGGCUCCUCUGGCUCCGAGUCCAAGAGCAGACGUAGCCUUGACGCCAUCCCCGAGAAGGCCACUGUGGAGGAGGAGCUCACUGGUGAGGACAACUAAAGUCCCACAGUCCCGCUGCGGUCCCCUGACACCCACGUUCAGACCUCUAGGCUGUUCCUGCCUCCUGAGCUCAAAGCCCACAGCUCCCUCUGUCUCUCUGUCUGUGUUUUUAACCUGACAUCAUUGCUCUACACUCAUGAGCGCUCACUUACUCAGACACACACACACACACACACACACACCAGUGUUUUUCCACAUUCCAUCAAGUACAUUCCUGUAUCCCAAGCACAGCUGUAACCUCUUACAGACUUUUGCCUUGUGAUCAUAAAUAAAAUGCCACCACCACUUCAACCCAA